GUGGUUGCUAGGACAUACCUGACUGUAUUCCGUUGGUAUAAGGGUUUCAACCCAUGGAAAGUAGAGGUGAAGUCCACGCCUGUGUGGGUCCAGCUGCCGGACCUACCUAUCGAAUUCUUUAACGCGGAGGCUGUUACAAUUAUUGCUCAGUUGAUUGGUCGGCCAGUUCGUGUGGAUCGUGCAACUGAGAUGGGUGCAAGAGGAAACUACGCUAGAGUUUGCGUCGAAGUGGACCUCUCUCGUCCAUUACUUUCACAAUACAAAGUUGAGGGAACUACCUAUCUAAUUCAGUAUGAAGGCUUGGAAGACAUAUGUGGGGAAUGUGGAAUGUAUGGGAAUAAAACAACCUCAUGCAAAUGCCAUGCAAUGGGUGAAGAGGAAAAAGAAUUGGAGGAAACUGUAGUACCGGAAACCCAAGAUGCGAACCCAACUGAAGGCCGGGUGUACGGUGAGUGGAUGACGGUAAAGAAGAAGGUGUGGCAGCCGAUGAAGCGCGUUAGUAACUCUGAUGGCAGGAGGGAAGAGGUGGCAAGAAGAAAUAGAUUUCAUGUUCUAAACGAACAGGAGGGUUAUGGGAAGGAUGGUCGGACUGAAACAAUGGCAGAAAAGGAAAGGUCGGGUGGGGAGGAAGUGAAUCCGGGUGCACAGACCGGCGGAUAUACUGAAAAAGAGAGGGUGAUGGCUGGGAAGGGAUCAGAGGGGGGUCUUACAAAGAAUGAUGGGAAACAGAAGAUGAGUAGUGAUACGGCAAAAGGUGGGAAGGAUAAGGCUGGGAAACAGGUCAAUGUGGAAGGUGCUCAGAAGGUGAAAGUGAAUAAGGGUGGUAAAGCCCAAGUGACUCAUGGCAAUGGAAUUAGCUCGAAAAGAGGUAACCAAACAGCUGAUGGUGCGGGGAACCUAUCCCCUUCUGGGAAUAGAUGA